AUGCUACCAGCUGCUUACAUGAUGAACCAAUGGUUGUCGACACGAAACUUGGGCCUUGAGUGGAUCCGUGACUUGUCCUCAAAGAACGGCAUUGGAAUUCGGAAGACCAUAGAGCAGGAUGCCGUACCCACCGUGGCCUCGUUUGAGCAGCUGGAAGCGAAGACCUCGCAGGUCGUGGAAGACGGCUGUUGCAUUGUGAUCCCAGCCAGAAGUCGGCGAGGCGACAAACAGAUGACCUUGCGUCAACGAAUGAUCACCUUCCGCGUGAAAACGGUGAUGGUGGAUGCCCAAGUCUCAGAACUUUUUGCAGAAGCCAGGCUGGGCAGCUACAUGCCCAAUGGCCACAUAGGCCACACGGUGCACGUGGGGCCGGGGCAUGGCAGUCGACACAUGGGCCAUGGGCACAUGAGCCCCGGGCACCAUGGGCUUCACUUCGGCGAUCACUUCAGUCAAGCCCAUGACGCUGCGUGGGAAGAUGAAGGCAUGGUUUGCUUCGAACCAACCGAGAAGACGAACCAUUCGAAUUGGAAAUGGGUCGGCGACGGCAGAGGCGCCUACGAAAAGGUGGACACCUUUGCACCUCGAUCUCAGGGGUUCGGUGAAGAGGGUCAGUCUGGCAACGACACGGUCAUGUCACCAUGUCCAGAGAUCGAACGUGAGGAUCUGGCAACGAAGUAUUUCUACGGAAGUCUGUCUGAGGAAGUCUCAGCAUAG